CAAUGACAGAGCCUUAUGAGAAGUAGCUACAGCAGAAGCACAGCUUUUUUUCUUGGAAAUAAGAUGUGACACCACUUUGGAUGUAUCAGCAGAGCUCAGCAUCAAACUAAUCACCUUUGGGAAACUUUUCUUUUUGUAGAUACAAAGACGAGUUAAAUUGUGGAAGAUGAUGAAAGAGGUGUUGAUUGGGACUCUGUGCGGGGCUGGUUUGUUUACUAUAGGUAUCCUAAUUGGUCACUUUGGUAUCAAAAAGGACUCUGCACCAUCCUGGGUGAAUGAUGUGGGAAAGGAUGUCGAUGAAAAACUUAUCCAGCAGUUUCUGUCCGAGGUGGAUGCGGCCCAAAUUCAGGAGAACCUCCGGGAGUUGACAAAAAAGCCUCAUAUGGCCACAACUGCCGGAGAUGAGGAAACAGUGCAGUUUGUGCUAAAAAGAUGGCAGGAUCCAGAAACAGGUCUGGAAAAAGCCUGGAGGCAAGAAUAUCAGGUCUACCUUUCAUUCCCCAACCCUGAACAGCCCAACAAAGUAACAGUUGUAAACCAGGCAGAUGCUGUUCUAUUCACUGUGCGAGAAAAGGAGAAGCCAUACUACCCAGAGCAAGAAGAUCCUGAGGUGGUUCAGCCGUAUGCUGCUUAUUCUCCUGCAGGACACCCAAAGGGGAAACUGGUUUACGCCAAUCAAGGAAAAGCAAGCGACUAUGAGUACCUGAACAAGACCAUUGAUCUAAGAGGAACCAUUGCGAUAACCAGAUAUGGUGGAGCGGGAAGGGGAGAUAAAGCCAUCAAUGCUGCAGUCUACGGUGUUGUUGGUGUGCUGGUUUACACAGACCCUCUGGACAUGAAUGAUGGUCAUUUAUCAGAGGACAAGACGUACCCAAACUCCUGGUACCUGCCUCCCACAGGAGUGGAAAGAGGCGCCUAUAGCAGAGACUUUGGAGAUUUGCUCACACCGUACUUGGCUGCCAAAGAGGAAACAUAUAGAAUCCCACCUGAAGACAUAACCGGGAUUCCUCCUAUUCCAACACAGCCGAUAGGCUUUGAAGAUGCAAGGGCCCUGAUUUGUGAGUUGGGUGGAGAGAAGGCCCCAUCUGACUGGCAGAGAGGAUUCAAUUGUACCUAUAAUCUCGGUGGACCAGGUUUCAAAUCAACGUCUCACUUCAACAACAGCGAUGUACAACUGGAUAUCUUUAAUUAUGAAAAGAUAGUAAACUCCUCCAAUGUGAUGGGGGUGAUCACAGGAAGUGUUGAACCAGACAGGUAUGUGAUUUACGGGAAUCACAGGGACAGCUGGGUACAUGGCGCCAUCGACCCAAGUAGUGGGACAUCUGUAAUGUUGGAAAUUACCAGAGUGCUUGGCAGAAUGGUCAAACAGGGAAAAUGGAGACCUCGUAGAUCCAUCAUCUUUGGCAGCUGGGGAGCUGAAGAGUUUGGCCUUAUUGGAUCUGCAGAGUACACAGAGGAAUACUUCACCAAGCUCAGUGAGCGCACUGUUGGUUAUAUAAAUGUGGACAUAUCUGUUUUUGCAAAUGCCACACUGAGAGCUUCAGCGAUGCCAUCCAUGCAAAAUGUCAUUUUCCAGGCUUCAAAACAGGUCACUGCUCCUGGAUUUGAUUCCACAUCUGUGUAUGACAACUGGAUCCGUUACUCCAACAGAACAAGCCCGACCCAUGGAGUCAUUCCACGGGUGGGAUAUUUGAAUGGAGCAGGGAGUGAUUAUGCUGCCUUUGUCCAUUACCUGGGAAUCGCCUCUAUAGACAUGUCAUAUACAUACGACAGGAGCAAAACAAACGCUCGGAUUUACCCUGCGUACCAUACAGCAUACGACACUUUUGACUAUGCAUCAAAAUACAUUGAUCCAGGAUUUGUCAGUCACCAAGCUGUUGGCAGGACCGCGGGAAACAUCCUUAUCCGACUGGCUGAUAGUCUCCUCUUGCCCUUUAACUGCGGUGACUACGCUGAAAGUUUAGAGGCUUACCUGAACACAGCAGUGACCUUAUACGAGGCAAAACUUAAAGCUCAAAACAUCUCAAUGGAACCUCUCAAACAUGCUGUGGCAAACUUUCGCAAAGCUGCAGAGCAGCUGGACAAAAUGAUUCAAGACUCAGACCUGGCAAAUGAAACGCCAUUAAAGGUAAGAAAGAUCAAUGAUCAGCUCAUGUUGAUGGACCGAGCCUUCUUGAAUCCUCUGGCCUUCACACACGAAUAUGGAUUCAGGCAUGUAAUCUGGGCUUCAAGCAGUUCUGGAAAGGCGACCUUCCCAGGUAUUGCAGAUGCCUUUGCCAAAGCCGAGUCAUCAGGUUUGGCAACCGACUGGCAAAAAGUCCAUUACCACCUGUCCGUAGCAGCUCAAGCCAUCGAGGGGGCCGCUGACAUGCUGAGUGAAGUUAUAUAGACAGAAUGUAAUAUUCCAUCAGAGUCUAGUUAUACAUAUUAUUGCAAUAAAAAUGUCAAAUUAGUGUAGAUGAAGCACAAAUCAUACAACAAUUGAAAGUUUUGAAGAUAAUAAAUAGCUUUUCUCCUUUGAAAACACUUUUUAUUGCUGUUGGGGCGCCACGGUUUAAACGAUUAAAGGUGUGUUUUCUUUUUUUAAACUAAAGCGUGCUCUUUCAGCCUGCAGUACCUCAGUCAGAGCUGCUGUGUUCAAGACAAAGGAGGGCUGUCAGCACUCUGAAAUCCAUCAGCUGAAUAAAUGAAGUUGCACUGAGAGCCAAUUUUUAGCAUAAAACUAAAUAUUAAAAUCUUUUUUUUUUUUAUAGAAUUUCUAAUCAUUAGCCCUUCGAUCUUAACUUAAUCAACUAUCUCUUAAUCAGCCUGUUUUUAAAGUAAUGAUUCUAAAUGUUUAUUAGAGAACUAUCAGCAUUAUGCUGAUAGUAUAAAGAUACAGCUCCGGAGAAUAUGGUUAAGCAGAAUAAUGAUAAAGAAAAGCUAACAACCAACACAGGUGUGCACUUUGAUGCUUGAGAAAGGAAAUAAUUUGCUAUGUUUGAACCAAAAUGUCUGUUUAGAUAAAGAACAUCCUUUGUAAAAUGUUUAUGAAAUGAAUCAACACCUUUAAGAUCAUUUAUACCGAAACUAGAUUCCUAUAGCUCAGGCGGAGUUUAAUGCUUAUUUACCUGUACUAGAGAGAUGUUUUAAAUAAUGUACUGUAAUUCUACUUGAACUGUAAAUAUUUUGUCCCACUGUGUCUGUAUAUGUGAAAUUAAAACAAAAAAUUGACAAGAUAAAGAUUUUCACAAAGAAUCGUCUGAAUUUAGGUCUUUAACAUCUUUAAGGAAUAUCGGCUAAAGAGGUCGAGAGAUUUUCCAGUGGCUCAUCAAUUAAUUACAGGUAGCUCAUAAGUAAAAUCUGUGUUGUUUUUUCAUGCAUUCAUACUGAAAGACAAGUUACACAGCAGCAUGUCAGGGUUUGGUAGUUAUUGGUUUUACAUGUCAUGGCAUUAAAACUGAGAAGAAGCA